GUUUAUUUAUAGUAAUGCAACGUUAAGAAAAUGUUUACCGAAGACGGGGUUCAAAAUUGCGCACUUCAUUUAAAAUAGAAAAAAAUAAAUAUUUUAAUAGUUUUAAUCGUUUCAUUUUAAAACUACUUGUUCAAGUAUAAACUAAAAAAAAGUUUUAAAGACUUAGUAAAACCAGGAUAGAAUGGACGGACAGGUCUUUUUGAAUGGGGACAGAAUAAAUUUGAGUCACUGUGACUACGCUUUUGACUACUGGGGAAAAGGAACGAUGGUCACCGUUACAUCUGCAGUGCAAGGUCCCCCGAAGUCCCUGUUUCCACUGUGGCAGUGCGGCUCCGAGCGCGGUUACGUCACUCUCGGCUGUGUUACACGUGAUUUGGCCUCUGCCGACGGACUGACCUUUACAUGGAAGGAUAACACUGGAAAGUCGUUGACUGACUUCGUGCAAUACCCUGCGGUACAGGCAAAUGGUGGUUUCACCUCAGUAAGCCACUUGCGCGUCCAGGUUUCCGAAUGGGACCAGAGAAAGAAGUACGAGUGCGAAGUCAAAAACAGUGCAGGAUCCAAAAAGGCAGACUUGUUGAAGCCAGAGGAAAUUCAGAUUGAGCCCAUCAUCACCAUCAGCAGCAGGACAACAGAUGACAGUGUUGAACUGUUUUGUUGGUUGGAAGGUUUUUCACCUAAACCUAUCAAAGUUGAGUGGAAAGAAGGUAAUACACUGUUACAAGAUAAAUCAACCCUGAAGAUAUUCGAGAGUUCCAGAGAAGGGAAAAAAGUCUUUUAUGCACUGAGCAUGAUCAGCAUUAAUGCAAAUAAAUCGAACGAAGGCACAGAAUUCACAUGUACGGCUAUGCAGAAAACCAAGAAAUACAGUGAAUCCUGGAACAAGUGCAAAGCUAAGUCAACAUCGACACCACAGAUCCGUCUGGAGAAACCUCACCUCGUAUCAAUAUUGACAGGACAACCUGUUACAGCCUCCUGUUCUGUUGAAACUGAGUUGAUCCCCAAAGUGUUAUGGUUUGUAAAUGAUAAGGAAAUAACAGAGACAAUCAGUACUGAUAAACAGCGAGAAAGGACAAUUAGCAACCUGACUAUCAGUACAGAAGAGUGGAAAACCGCAAAGACAAUAACGUGCAGAGCGUCACAUUCAUGUUUUAUUCAUACAGAAAAACAGAUCAGUUUUUCAGACCCUAAGAAAACUCCUACAGUGGUCAUCAGGAGGAAUCUUGAAGACAUACAGAAGGGACACACUGAAGUGUUGGAGUGUACCGCAACAGAUCUGCCGUCUGGUGAGCUCCUGGUCACCUUCCAGGCCAACGGCACCAAGUUCUCUGAAGAUCAAUAUGUGAAUCUGCCUGAAGGCCUGGACUCUCUGACUAGACGUGUCACUGUUCCCAUAACAAACCAAAAAAAAGAAAACAGAUUCACAUGUCAGAUUCAAAGCCAAUCCAGUUUGUGGAAAUCCAAUUCUAUAGGAAACAUUUUUGGUGACCCUUCAGUGGACCUUUCAGUGGUUACCAGUGUGGAUACAAAAGGAUCCCAGACACAAAAUCUUCUUUGCUCUGGAACCGGAUUUAACCCAACUAUCACUUGGAAUAAAACUCUGAAUAUUGCUCAUAGUAAGACAACAAUGGAAGCAGAUGGACGUGUUAAAGUGAUCAGCGAAGUAAUGGUUCCACAGCAAGACUGGUAUAAAGGGGAAACUUUUACAUGCCAAUUCAGUGAUCAGCAUAAGGUCAAAGGGAAGAGCAUCAGUAUUUGUUCAGUGAAUCCAGAAUUCGUUCAGAUGCCACAGGUUUACCUUCUGGCUCCCUCCAUCAAAGAUAUGAGAGAGAGUAAGGUUUCUGUCACCUGUCUGCUAUUGGGCCACAAGCUUGAUACCUUCACCAUAAGUUGGAAAUUAGGAGAUAUCAGUACCUCUAAGGAUGUGACAAAAACACCCAUUACAGUCUACGGAAAUGGAACUGAGAGUCUCUCCAGUGUUCUAAAGGUUGCGAUUACACAAUGGAACAGCUACGCAAAGGUUGUCUGUGAGGUCAAACACCUCUGCCCCAAAGAGCCAAGGAAACAAAGUAUCUCCAAAACCAGAGACCCUAAGAAAACUCCUACAGUGGUAAUCAGGAGGAAUCUUGAAGACAUACAGAAGGGACACACUGAAGUGUUGGAGUGUACCGCAACAGAUCUGCCGUCUGGUGAGCUCCUGGUCACCUUCCAGGCCAACGGCACCAAGUUCUCUGAAGAUCAAUAUGUGAAUCUGCCUGAAGACCUGGACUCUCUGACUAGACAUGUCACUGUUCCCAUAACAAACCAAAAAAAAGAAAACAGAUUCACAUGUCAGAUUCAAAGCCAAUCCAGUUUGUGGAAAUCCAAUUCUAUAGGAAACAUUUUUGGUGACCCUUCAGUGGACCUUUCAGUGGUUACCAGUGUGGAUACAAAAAAAUCCCAGACACAAAAUCUUCUUUGCUCUGGAACCGGAUUUAACCCAACUAUCACUUGGAAUAAAACUCUGAAUAUUGCUCAUAGUAAGACAACAAUGGAAGCAGAUGGACGUGUUAAAGUGAUCAGCGAAGUAAUGGUUCCACAGCAAGACUGGUAUAAAGGGGAAACUUUUACAUGCCAAUUCAGUGAUCAGCAUGAGCUCAAAGAGAAGAGCAUCAGUAUUUGUUCAGUGAAUCCAGAAUUCGUUCAGAUGCCACAGGUUUACCUUCUGGCUCCCUCCAUCAAAGAUAUGAGAGAGAGUAAGGUUUCUGUCACCUGUCUGCUAUUGGGCCACAAGCUUGAUACCUUCACCAUAAGUUGGAAAUUAGGAGAUAUCAGUAACUCUAAGGAUGUGACAAAAACACCCAUUACAGUCUACGGAAAUGGAACUGAGAGUCUCUCCAGUGUUCUAAAGGUUGCGAUUACACAAUGGAACAGCUACGCAAAGGUUGUCUGUGAGGUCAAACACCUCUGCUCCAAAGAGCCAAGGAAACACAGUAUCUCCAAAAGAGACCCUAAGAAAACUCCUACAGUGGUCAUCAGGAGGAAUCUUGAAGACAUACAGAAGGGACACACUGAAGUGUUGGAGUGUACCGCAACAGAUCUGCCGUCUGGUGAGCUCCUGGUCACCUUCCAGGCCAACGGCACCAAGUUCUCUGAAGAUCAAUAUGUGAAUCUGCCUGAAGGCCUGGACUCUCUGACUAGACGUGUCACUGUUCCCAUAACAAACCAAAAAAAAGAAAACAGAUUCACAUGUCAGAUUCAAAGCCAAUCCAGUUUGUGGAAAUCCAAUUCUAUAGGAAACAUUUUUGGUGACCCUUCAGUGGACCUUUCAGUGGUUACCAGUGUGGAUACAAAAGGAUCCCAGACACAAAAUCUUCUUUGCUCUGGAACCGGAUUUAACCCAACUAUCACUUGGAAUAAAACUCUGAAUAUUGCUCAUAGUAAGACAACAAUGGAAGCAGAUGGACGUGUUAAAGUGAUCAGCGAAGUAAUGGUUCCACAGCAAGACUGGUAUAAAGGGGAAACUUUUACAUGCCAAUUCAGUGAUCAGCAUAAGGUCAAAGGGAAGAGCAUCAGUAUUUGUUCAGUGAAUCCAGAAUUCGUUCAGAUGCCACAGGUUUACCUUCUGGCUCCCUCCAUCAAAGAUAUGAGAGAGAGUAAGGUUUCUGUCACCUGUCUGCUAUUGGGCCACAAGCUUGAUACCUUCACCAUAAGUUGGAAAUUAGGAGAUAUCAGUACCUCUAAGGAUGUGACAAAAACACCCACCUCAGUCUACGGAAAUGGAACUGAGAGUCUCUCCAGUGUUCUAAAGGUUGCGAUUACACAAUGGAACAGCUACGCAAAGGUUGUCUGUGAGGUCAAACACCUCUGCUCCAAAGAGCCAAGGAAACACAGUAUCUCCAAAAGAGACCCUAAGAAAACUCCUACAGUGGUCAUCAGGAGGAAUCUUGAAGACAUACAGAAGGGACACACUGAAGUGUUGGAGUGUACCGCAACAGAUCUGCCGUCUGGUGAGCUCCUGGUCACCUUCCAGGCCAACGGCACCAAGUUCUCUGAAGAUCAAUAUGUGAAUCUGCCUGAAGGCCUGGACUCUCUGACUAGACGUGUCACUGUUCCCAUAACAAACCAAAAAAAAGAAAACAGAUUCACAUGUCAGAUUCAAAGCCAAUCCAGUUUGUGGAAAUCCAAUUCUAUAGGAAACAUUUUUGGUGACCCUUCAGUGGACCUUUCAGUGGUUACCAGUGUGGAUACAAAAGGAUCCCAGACACAAAAUCUUCUUUGCUCUGGAACCGGAUUUAACCCAACUAUCACUUGGAAUAAAACUCUGAAUAUUGCUCAUAGUAAGACAACAAUGGAAGCAGAUGGACGUGUUAAAGUGAUCAGCGAAGUAAUGGUUCCACAGCAAGACUGGUAUAAAGGGGAAACCUUUACAUGCCAAUUCAGUGAUCAGCAUGAGCUCAAAGAGAAGAGCAUCAGUAUUUGUUCAGUGAAUCCAGAAUUCGUUCAGAUGCCACAGGUUUACCUUCUGGCUCCCUCCAUCAAAGAUAUGAGAAAGAGUAAGGUUUCUGUCACCUGUCUGCUAUUGGGCCACAAGCUUGAUACCUUCACCAUAAGUUGGAAAUUAGGAGAUAUCAGUACCUCUAAGGAUGUGACAAAAACACCCACCUCAGUCUACGGAAAUGGAACUGAGAGUCUCUCCAGUGUUCUAAAGGUUGCGAUUACACAAUGGAACAGCUACGCAAAGGUUGUCUGUGAGGUCAAACACCUCUGCUCCAAAGAGCCAAGGAAACACAGUAUCUCCAAAACCAGAGACCCCAAAUCACCCACCAUCCGAAUUCUCAGUCCUAGUGACGACGAACUGUCUGGAGUUCACAAUACAAGUCUUAUCUGCUUUGUCGAGGGAUUUCACCCAGCUGAUAUCUCUGUGCACUGGGAGCUGAAUGGCAUCCGGCUUGAUGCAUCCCGCUUCAGCAACAGUCCAGUCAGCAUGCAAUCUGAAAGGGCUGCUUAUUCCAUGCACAGCAGACUGACAUUACUAGCGUCAAAAAUGGAAAAUGGCGAUUUUUCUUGUGUGGUUAACCACGAGUCAUCUGAAACGCCGAUCAAAGGCACAAUAAACAACAUAUACGCAUCUGUAAUGCAACAUGCUCCCUCUGUGAAGCUGCUACAGGGUCAAGAUGAGCUGGUGUGUCUGGUGAAUGGUUACAGCCCAUCUGCCAUUAACAUCACAUGGUUCCGAAAUAAUGUUACUGUAAAACAAGAGAACGAUACCAGCAGCUCUGACAAAGGGCCUGAUGGGAAAUUUAACAUUCGAAGCCACCUCUAUAUCCAGGCCUUCGAAUGGGUACCUGGAGACAAAUACACUUGCCAGGUUGAGCACAUCACUGGCAUUAUCUCUCGCUUCCUUUCCAAAACAGAAUUUAUAGAAAAGACGAUAUACUAUGAUGAGAACAAGGCUGAACCUGCAAUAAUGGAUCAGUCUGAGGAAACCUGGAACAUGGCCUGUGCCUUCAUCAUACUCUUCAUUAUCUCUUUCAUCUAUGGAUGUUCAAUGACUCUGGUCAAAGUGAAGACUGCUGAAUACAAAAUGAAAAAAUGAUCAGCUGAUUAAAUUAAUGCCGUUUUGCCUUGUUGCAUUUGCUUAAAUGAAAAAUAAAAAUAGUUUUUUAGUUGAUGUAUAUUUUUUUUACCCCCAAAUGAAGUAUAUAUAUAUAUACUUUUUUUAUUCUUCUAUUGUUAGCAGCAGUGACAGUAUUGUUCUGAAUUUUUAUAUAUUUCACCUCAUCAUAGAGACAUGACUUCUCAUCAAAAUAUAAUAAAAUAUCCAUAACAUACCUAUGUACUGUACGCCAUACAACAUAACACAAGACGUUAAUUAGGAUUCCUUCAGCUACAAGAUGGUGUAUAAUUUACCAGAUAGAUAUUUAAGUUUUAGUUUGUUAAGGCUUCUGAAAUAAAAAAAAUAAAAAAAAUAAUUAAAAUGA